AUGUCUCCCCGCCCAGAAGCCGACGGCGGGACAGCGGCCGCCUCAGCAUCGCCGCAACCACAAUCCUCGACGCCGCCGGGAUCCAAAUCGCCCUCACCGCCCGACCAACCGCCUCCACCACCGGACCCGGCAACUGACGCUCACUUUUGCGCCGACGAGCACACACAAACCACGUCGCCGCCCCUGUCAUCCCCGCGUACCGAACAGCAAUUGCUAGACGAGCUCGACGAUGACAUUUUCAGCAUACCGCCUGCCGCAGCCAUGCGUCUACUCGGCUCCGGCAUCGAGGCGCUUGUCCAAUCAACCGGUGACAUACCACCCAGUCCCGCCCCCGAAAGACCCGAGGCCCCCCGGAUGCGUGGAAUGGAGGCGGAGAAGCAGGACAUUGUGCGCUCGCACUCGGCCAGGACGCUGGUGCGGUUGCGGCUCGAGGCGGAAGCCAAGGCUCAGCGGGCUGCCGAGGCGAGGGAAAACAGUCGGGCUGCGGCGCAGCAGGAAGGGAGAUGUAUCGACGGCGUCAUGCUGCGGGACGCGCCACCAGGGACCAGCAGCGGCGGCGAAGGCGGCGCACACCCACCCCCGUCGACGCCCGAGCCAUAUACAGUGGUGGGCGACAACGCGCAGCCGGUGAACGUACAGCACAGCGUAAUCACGCGCAAGUUCUACUCCAAAAAGCCGCCGCCCAUCGGCAUCGCCGACUACCUGGCGCGGCUGCACCGCUUCUGCCCUGCGUCGACGGGCGUGUACCUAGCGACGUCGCUGUACCUGCACCGGCUGGCGGUGGACGAGCGUGCCAUCGCCGUGACGCGGCGGAACGCACACCGGCUGCUCCUGGCCGGCCUGCGGGUGGCCAACAAGGCUCUCGAGGACCGGUGCUACUCGCACAGACGAUUUGCGCAGGUUGGCGGCGUCACGGCGUCGGAGCUUGCCCGGCUCGAGAUUAGCUUCUGCUUCCUCGCCAGCUUCGAGCUGGUCGUCAAUCAGGACGAGAUGAGGAGUCAUUGGAACGUCAUGCGGAAGCCGCCGGACCCGCGUAUGAGUCCUAGCGGCAGCGGGUUUUUGCUGGGAGGUGGGUACAUUGAGGAUGGGUCCCAGACGGCUGCAGCGGAGGUGGACGACGGCGGCGGCGGUGGCUUGGAGAUGAACCUUUCUAGGAGGCCAAAGGCGGCCUCAGGCGAUAGUGAGCGCCGCUACUUCUACUACCUGACCGGCUGCGAACUCCCAGACUGCUACUUCACCUACGACAUUGCCACCUCCCGCUCAACUCUCUACAUCCCGCCUGUUGACCCCGAAUCCGUCAUCUGGUCGGGCUUGCCUAUGUCCGCCUCGGAGGCGCUGCAAAAGUACGACGUCGACGAGGUUCGCUACACCCACGAGGUCAACGCCGCCCUAACCAGCCUUGCCGAAGCGGCCUCCUCGUCCACCGUCUAUGCGAUCCCGAAUCAGGUCUCGGACAGCAUAACCUUCCUCGGCUUUGGAGCAAAGAACUUUGACGUCCUCAAGCCGGCCAUCGAGCGCGCGCGCGUAGUCAAGACUGACUAUGAGGUCGCCCUCAUCGCCAAGGCCAACGAAAUCUCGAGCGCCGCCCACCUCGCAGUCCUGAAACGCGUCCGGCACGUCAGCAACGAGCGCGAGCUGUACGCCACCUUCCUGGCCGAGUGCAUCAGCCGCGGCGCGCCUCACAUGGCCUACCACUCGAUCGUGGCCGCGGGCCGCGCCGCCGCGACGCUGCACUACGUCAAGAACGACGAGCCGACCGCGGGCAAGCUCAACCUGCUGCUGGACGCCGCGUGCGAGCUCAACUGCUACGCAUCCGACAUCACCCGCACGUUCCCCAUCUCGGGCAGCUUCACGCCCGAGUCGCGCGCCAUAUACGACACGGUCCUGCGCAUGCAGCUCGAGACUCUGGCCAUGCUCAAGGAGGGCGUGCGGUGGGACGACGUGCACGUGCACGCGCACCGCGUCGCCAUCGAGGGGCUGCUGGCGGCCGGCAUCUUCAAGAAGGGGUUUAGCGUCGACGAGAUACUCGAGAGCAGGACCAGCGUCGCUUUCUUCCCUCACGGGCUGGGGCACUACCUCGGCAUGGACACGCACGACACGGGUGGCAAUGCCAACUACCAGGACAAGGACUCCAUGUUUAGGUAUCUGAGGGUCAGGGGAACGCUGCCGGCUGGUAGCGUGAUCACUGUCGAGCCAGGCAUCUACUUUUGCAACUUUAUCAUCGAGCCUUAUCUCAAAGACGAGAAGCACUCCAAGUAUAUCGACGCCGCGGUGUUGGACAAGUACUGGGAUGUUGGUGGUGUUAGGAUCGAGGACAACGUAGUGAUCACCAAAGAUGGAUAUGACAACCUGACGACGGCCGUAAAGGACGCGCAGGAGAUGGAGAAGAUCAUCUCCUCAAGCUAG